AUGUCGAAUCCAAGAAUAGAAGAGCUCCCUGAUGACGAGCCCAGCAAAAACGCGGCAGCUGAAGAUGGGUCUAGCUCAUCCGACUCCGAACCUGAGGCCACUGGUGAAGGAGAAGCCAACAUCCCAGCUGGUUCGGCCGUCGCAGUUCACAGCCGAAACGAGAAGAAAGCAAGAAAGGCUAUUGGCAAGUUGGGACUGAAGCAUGUUCCGGGAAUUACACGAGUCACGUUGAGAAGACCGAAAGGUAUCCUCUUCGUCAUCUCCAACCCGGACGUCUACCGUUCCCCAACCAGCAACACCUGGAUCAUCUUCGGUGAAGCCAAGAUUGAAGAUCUCAACUCACAAUCCCAACAAGCUGCAGCUCAACAACUCGCGGCCGCUGAAGCAGCUAACGCCGAUCACUCCGGUCAUGACCACGCAGCAGAGAAUGGCAAGGGCAAGGCAGUUGAGGAGAAGAAGGCCGAGGAGGAGGAUGACGAUGAUGAAGAGGUUGACGAUAGCGGCCUCGAGGCUAAAGACAUCGAGCUGGUGAUGACGCAGGCAUCGGUGUCUCGAAAGAAAGCUGUGAAAGCGCUCAAGGAGAAUGGCAACGACAUAGUCAACUCUAUCAUGGCUCUAAGUGUAUGA